GAUCCCCAUGUCAAGACACAGCAAAUGUCCAACAGCAGCUCCAUCAGGCACUUCCUCCUGCUGGCAUUGGCAGACACGCGGCAGCUGCAGCUCCUGCACUUCUGCCUCUUCCUGGGCAUCUCCCUGGCUGCCCUCCUGGCCAACGGCCUCAUCAUCAGCGCCGUAGCCUGCGGCCACCACCUGCACACCCCCAUGUUCUUCUUCCUGCUCAACCUGGCCCUCACUGACCUGGGCUCCAUCUGCACCACUGUCCCCAAAGCCAUGCACAAUUCCCUCUGGCACACCAACAACAUCUCCUACUCUGCAUGUGCUGCUCAGGUGUUUUUCUAUGCGUUCUUCAUGUCAGCAGAGAUUUCCCUCCUGACCAUCAUGUGCCACGACCGCUACGUGUCCAUCUGCAAACCCCUGCACUACGGGACCCUCCUGGGCAGCAGAGCUUGUGCCCACAUGGCAGCAGCUGCCUGGGCCAGUGCCUUUCUCAAUGCCCUGCUGCACACAGCCAAUACAUUUUCCCUGCCCCUGUGCCAGGGCAAUGCCCUGGACCAGUUCUUCUGUGAAAUCCCCCAGAUCCUCAAACUCUCCUGCUCACACUCCUACCUCAGGGAACUUGGGCUUCUUGCUGUUGUUGUCUGUUUGGUAUUUGGCUGUUUUGUGUUCAUUGUUUUCUCCUAUGUGCAGAUCUUCAGGGCUGUGCUGAGGAUCCCCUCUGAGCAGGGAAGGCACAAAGCCUUUUCCACCUGCCUCCCUCACCUGGCCGUGGUUUCCCUGUUUAUUAGCACUGGGGAUUUUGCCUACCUGAAGCCCCCCUCCAUCUCCUCCCCAUCUCUGGAUCUGGCCCUGUCAGUUCUGUACUCAGUGGUGCCUCCAGCCCUGAACCCCCUCAUCUACAGCCUGAGGAACCAGGAGCUCAAGGCUGCACUGUGGACACUGAUGACUGGAAGGUUUCAGAAACUGUGA